AUGGAGCAGGCAAACCAAACCCACGUGUCUGAAUUCUUUCUCCUAGGACUGUCCACUGAUCCCCAGCAGCAGGUGUGGCUCAUCGUACUCUUCCUGGUAAUGUACCUCCUCAAUUUGAUAGGCAACACAGUCAUCAUUGCAGCUAUCUUGGGAGACACCCGCCUUCACACGCCUAUGUACUUCUUCCUCUCCAACUUGUCCUUAGUUGACAUCUGCUUCACCACUGUUAUUGUGCCCCAGAUGCUGGUGAGCAUGCUGAUGCAGAACAAGGCCAUCCCUUUUGCCCGGUGCAUUGCCCAGAUGUACUUCUUUGUGGCCUUUGGCAUCACAGACAGUUUCCUCCUGGCUGUAAUGGCUAUUGACCGAUACAUGGCUAUCUGUAAUCCAUUAUACUAUACCACAACCAUGAGCCCCAGGCGUUGUGUCCUAUUAGUGGUCAUAUCAUGGAUAGUGUCCCACUUGCACUCACUGGUCCACACACUCCUCAUGGCCCGCCUGUCCUUCUGUGGGCCUAACAUCAUACAUCAUUUCUUCUGUGACGUCCAGCCUCUGCUGACACUCUCCUGCUCUGACACCUCUAUCAACGAGGUCUUGGCAUUCACUGAAGGCUCCUUGGUGAUCAUGAGCCCAUUCUUAUUCAUAGUUAUCUCCUAUGUCUGGAUCACACGUGCUGUGCUGAGGGUUCCCUCAGGGAAAGGGAGGUAUAAGGCUUUCUCAACCUGUAGCUCCCACAUCACCGUUGUGGUACUGUUCUAUGGAACUAUCAUUUCAGUAUACAUUCGUCCCUCAUCUACCUACUCAGUCACCAAGGACCGAGUAGUAACAAUCAUCUACACAGUGGUCACCCCCAUGCUGAACCCUUUCAUCUACAGCCUCAGGAAUAAAGACAUGAAGGGAGCCUUGAGGAAAGUGAUGGGAAGAGCAGAAUAG